AUGGAACCAAAUUCAUAUAAUAAUCAAUUAAUAUUCUUUUUAAAUGGAAAUAAAGUUAUUAUUAAUAAUCCAAACCCAGAGUUAACAUUACUUACUUAUUUAAGAUCGAAUGCUGGUUUAACAGGUACAAAGUUGGGAUGUGGUGAAGGUGGAUGUGGAGCUUGUACAGUGAUGUUGUCUCAUCACUUGAAGACAGAGGAUAAGAUAGUUCACAGAUCGAUCAACUCUUGUUUGUUACCGUUGUGUUCGGUUGCCGGUUGUGCGGUUACCACCAUUGAGGGACUUGGUAAUGUAAAGGAUGGAAUGCACCCUGUGCAACAACGUCUUUCCGACCAGCAUGGAUCACAAUGUGGUUUCUGCACACCUGGUAUUAUCAUGGCACUCUACUCCUACCUCAGAUCGCACCCAAAUGCCACUCAACAUGAAAUCGAGGAGUGUUUCGACGGUAACCUCUGUAGAUGUACUGGAUAUCGUCCAAUCCUAGAUGCUGCAAGAUCUUUUGGUGUUGAUCAACCAAAAGUAGAAGAAGAACAACCAGCAGCUGUUGAGGAAUUAAGAUUACCAGAGAUUGCAUAUGCAGACGGUGUUCAAAAGGAUAAACCAGCCGAAAAUAUAUGUCCAUCGACUGGAAAGCCAUGUGAUUGUAAAUCUAAAUCUACACAUAUUCCAUCACAACCUCUAGAUUUAAAGUCAGAACCUAUUUUCCCACCAUUUUUGAUGACUUUGAAACAAGAAUCUUUGAAGUUCAAUGGUGAUAGAGUGACUUGGUAUACACCAACCACUCUUAAUGAACUAUUGAAUCUAAAGAGAUUGCACAACAAUGCAAAGAUUGUAGUUGGAAACACUGAAGUUGGAAUUGAAACAAAAUUUAGAAAUAUUGUUUAUCCAGUCAUUAUUUGUCCAUCUAAAGUUCCAGAACUUCAAAAAAUUUCACAAGCAGAGAAUGGUAUUGAAAUAGGUUCAACAAUCUCUUUGACCGAUAUUAAAUAUUAUUUAGUUGAUCUAUGUAAGAACAUUGAAGCAUACAAGACAGGAACAUUCAAAGCAAUGCUUUCACAAUUCCGUUGGUUUGCCGGAAAUCAAAUUAGAAAUGCAGCUUGUCUUGCUGGUAAUCUCGUAACUGCCAGUCCAAUCUCUGAUAUUAACCCUGUAUUAUUAGCUGCUGGUGCAAUUUUAACACUUGUAUCCAUAAACGAUAGAGGAGAAAGAAUAACAAGAAAAGUCAAUAUAAAUUCAUUCUUCAAAUCUUAUAGAGUGGUAGAUAUUCAACCGGAUGAAAUAUUGACUUCUAUCUUUGUACCAUAUACACGUGAGAAUGAAUAUAUCGAGGCAUACAAGCAAUCCAGAAGAAGAGACGAUGAUAUUGCCAUUGUCAGUUGUUGCUUCAGAGUAUUGUUGGCCAAGAAUGACGAGAACGACUAUGUCGUACAAGACUGUACUCUUGCAUAUGGUGGUAUGAACGUAAAGGCUGUCACCACACCAGCUACACAAGAGUUACUUCAAGGUCAAGUUUGGCAAAGAUCAAUACUAGAGAAAGCAUACCAAACACUUGAAAAAGAUUUACCACUUCAACAAGGAGCACCAGGUGGUAUGAUUGAAUACAGAAGAUCAUUGACCACAAGUUAUUUCUUCAAGUUCUUCUUGACAGUUAGCAAUUACUUGUAUUCCGUUUCAAAUGAUGUCAAACACAAGAUUGAAGAUAAUGAACAAUCGGUCAUUCAGAAAUAUCAAAGAGAGAUGUCAAGUGGUGAGCAAACUUAUCAAUAUCAACCACUUAUGAGUCCAGUAACAAUGCCAAUUAAACAUCAAUCAGCAGAUAAACAAGUUACUGGUGAAGCACUCUAUACUGAUGAUAUUAAACACAAUGCAUAUUCAGCUGCAAUGGUUCUUUCAACUAAAGCACAUGCUCGUAUUAAGAAUAUCGAUUCAACUAAAGCAUUAUCAAUGCCAGGUGUUAAAGGUAUCUAUUUUGCAAAGGAUAUUGAAGGUGUGAAUCAAGUUGGUCCAGUCAUUUAUGAUGAAGAGUUGUUUGCUUCUUCAGUUGUACUUUGUGUUGGUUAUCCAAUUGGUGUUGCAGUUGCCGAAACUCAUCAACAAGCAUUGGAGGCAGCAAAGGCAGUUGUCAUUGAAUACGAGGAGUUGCCUGCUGUCACCUCGAUCGAACAAGCUAUCGCUGAGAAAUCAUUCUUGAAUUGCCACCAUGUCAUCAACAAUGGUGAUAUCGUCAAAGGUUUCGAAGAGUCUGAGCAUGUUAUCGAAGGUGAAAUGAAGGUCGGUGCACAAGAGCAUUUCUAUCUCGAGACAAACGCUGCAUUGGUGAUUCCAGGUGAAGGUUCUGAAUUCAUGGUCUACUCAUCUACACAGAAUCCAACAAAGACACAAAGCCUUUUGGCUUUAACUCUUGGUGUUCCUGCCAAUCAAAUCGUUGUAAAACGUAUGGGUGGAGGAUUUGGAGGUAAAGAAACUAGAUCUAUUUUCUCUACUUGUAUUGCUGCUGUUGCUGCUCAGAAACUUAGACAUCCAGUUAGAAUCAUGUUGGAUAGAGAUGUCGAUAUGAUGACCACUGGAACUAGACAUCCAUUCAUUGGUAAAUACAAGAUUGGUUUCGACAAGAACGGUAAGAUCAUGGCUGCCGAUAUCGAUUUGUAUGCCGAUGCAGGUUAUUCAUUUGACUUGAGUGUCGGUGUAUUGGAUAGAGCCAUGUUCCACUCUGAGAAUGCCUAUAAGGUGCCAAAUAUUAGAGUGAAUGGUCGUUUGUGUAAGACCAACUUGCCAACAAACACUGCUUUCAGAGGUUUCGGUGGUCCACAAGGUAUGAUCAUUUGUGAGAUUUGGAUGGAAAAAAUUGCCAACUAUUUGAAGAAACCACCCACUGAAAUAAGACAACUAAACUUUUAUAAAGAGGGAGAGUUCACACAUUACCUUCAAGAGGUUAAGAACUGUCAACUCCAAAGAAUCUGGGAUGAAACCUUACAAAAGAGUGAUUAUUUCAAUCGUUUAGCUAAAGUUGAGGAGUUCAACAGAAAUAACAAAUGGAAGAAGAGAGGUAUUGCAAUCAUUCCAACCAAAUUUGGUAUGUCCUUUACUGUUAAAACACUGAAUCAAGCUGGUGCAUUGGUACAUGUUUAUACUGAUGGAACUGUAUUGGUGACUCAUGGUGGAACAGAGAUGGGUCAAGGUUUGCAUACAAAGAUGAUUCAGAUUGCUGCCAAGGAGUUGGGUGUUCCAGUGGAUAAGGUUUACAUCUCUGAGACAUCGACUGAUAAGGUCGCAAAUACUGCGCCAACAGCAGCAUCAGUUUCUUCCGAUAUGAAUGGUAUGGCUGUAUUGGAUGCCUGUCAACAAAUCAACGCGAGAUUGGCACCCCUCAAAGAGAAAAAUCCAAACUUACCAUUCCAAAAAUUGGUUGGUUUGGCUUUUGCAGAGAGAGUCAAUCUUUCGGCCAACGGUUUCUAUGCUACACCAAACGUUGGUUAUUUCUUCAAGGACAGUGGUGUUGGUGAUGGUUUACCAUUCAACUAUUUCAAUUAUGGAUGUGCAUGUUCUGAAGUUGAAAUCGAUACACUCACUGGAGACUACACUACAUUGAGAACUGAUAUUAUUAUGGAUGUAGGUGAUAGUUUGAAUCCGGCAAUCGAUAUCGGUCAGGUGGAGGGUGCCUACACUCAGGGUGUUGGAUGGUGUACACUCGAAGAGAUCGUUACUUUCCCCAAUGGAAAUCUUUUCACCAGAGGUCCAUCCACCUAUAAAAUACCAGGAUUCAACGAUGUUCCAAUCGUAUUCAAUGUUUCAUUGUUGAGUAAUGCUCCCAAUCCAAAAGCAAUCCAUUCAUCAAAGGGUGUCGGAGAACCACCACUCUUCCUUGGUUCAGCUGUUUACUUUGCCAUUCGUAAUGCCAUUAUGGAUGCUAGAAAUGAUCGUGAUGAUGGUUUGGCAACCAAAGAUGAAUGGUUUAAUUUAGCAACACCUGCAACAUGUGAAAGAAUCAGAAAUACAUGUAUUGAUAAAUUUACAAACCAAUUCAAUCAGAAAUAA